AUGGAUACCGAAAGACAGCUGGGCGUGACGCCUCCAGUCUCGGUUCACCUACCAACAGAGGAGGAAAAGCAGGCGACAGAUUCCCUUCUAGCCGAGCUGCGUGCCCAGAACUCGUUCGAAAGUCCGGUAGAGACGGAGAAAAGACAUGCUGUGCUCCGCUCGUUACAAGAUAUCGCCGAUGCCUUCGUCAAGAUCGUCGCCCAAAAAAAGGAGCCAGACAAUGCCGUGCUGAUCAAAGAUGCCCGGGGAAAGAUAUUUACCUACGGCAGUCUCAGACUCGGAGUCUGGGGGCCCGGCUCGGAUAUCGAUACAUUAGUUGUUGCUCCACGAUACGUCACACGAGAGGACUACUUUGAACACUUCCCCGGCUUAUUGGUGCAAAUGGCACCGCCAAAUGCAAUCACAGAUCUCUCUGUCGUCACUGAUGCGUUCGUACCCAUCAUCAAGUUCGAGUUCUCCGGCAUUAGCAUCGAUUUGAUCUUCUCCAGGAUCGCCACGAUGAAGCAACUACCCGCUGAUCCCAACUGGAACCUCCGGGAUUCUAAUCUCCUUCGCGGUCUUGAUGAGAAGGAGUUGCGAUCCGUCAACGGCACCAGGGUUACCGAUGAGAUCAUUAACCUAGUUCCCGAGCAGAACGUCUUCAGAACUGCCUUGCGAGCGAUCAAGCUCUGGGCUCAACGUCGCGCAAUCUAUGGAAAUAUUGUCGGAUUUCCCGGAGGUGUAGCUUGGGCAAUGCUGGUGGCUCGUGUUUGCCAGCUGUACCCCCGCGCCACAGCUUCAGUCGUUGUCAACAAGUUCUUUUGUAUCCUUAUGAAGUGGCCGUGGCCCCAACCGGUGCUUCUGAAGGCUAUAGAAGACGGACCUUUGCAGGCCAGGAUCUGGAACCCGAAGAUAUAUCCUGGCGACAGAUAUCACCUCAUGCCAAUCAUAACACCAGCAUAUCCGUCCAUGUGUGCGACCUUCAACAUCACGAAGUCUUCUAAGGAUGUGAUUGGGAGGGAAUUGGUCAAAGCCGCGGACCUGACCAACCUUAUUAUGGUGGGCAAGGUGCCGUGGAAGGACCUUUUCCAAAAGCACACAUUUUUCACCAAGGACUUCAAGUAUUACAUCCAAGUGAUCGCUGCUAGCAAGGACAAGGAGUCGCAUAAGCUUUGGUCCGGCUUCGUGGAGUCCAAGGUCCGAAUCUUGGUUCAGGGCCUGGAAAGGCACGAGUCCAUUGCAGUUGCUCGCCCAUUUAUCAAGGGGUACGAACGGUCCCAUCGAUACUACGACGAGACCCAGUUCAACCAGAUUUUGGAGGGUAGUUUAGCAAACCUUUGCCAAGCCAAAGACCCUGAACCAGAAGCAAAAGCUGAAGUUCAGGUCAAGGAAGAGCCCGUGUCUAAUGGGUCUCAUACCAAUGGUGUUGCUGUGAAGGAAGAGGUUGCUAUAAAGCAAGAGGGAGACGCCAGGAUAAAACCCGAAGGGGAGGUUGAUCGUCAACCUCCGCUGGAAAGCAUUCCCGAAUCCAAAGCCCCAGCAUCAGACAUGUAUACCACCACCUUUUACAUCGGGUUGGAACUUAGGCCAGAAGCCAAAUCCCUAGAUUUAUCCUAUCAGGUAAACGACUUUAAGUGGCUUUGCUAUGACUGGGCCAAAUACAAAGAGGAUCUCAGCGAACUUUGCUUCGUCAACAUCAAGGACCUCCGGUCAUUUGCACUUCCUGACGAUAUUUUUGGUCCGGGCGAGACAAAACCUGUGAAACGGCUGAUUAAGAAGAAGGCCCCGGUCGAUAGGAAACGUCCCGCCAACGAAGACAACCAAGCUCCUGCGAAACGCCAUCAAGCCGCCACAGUCGCCAAUGGUGCUUGA